AUGGCGGCGAUCAAGAGCAGCAAGUCGGCGCCCGCCGAGUUGGGCUUGAAACGACCGGAGAAGGAGACCGACUGGCGCGCCAUCUACAUUGCCAGCUUCAUGUUGGUGAUGUGCGGGAUGAACAUGAGCAUCUUCUUCAUGGCCAUCUGGCCCUACACGGUGCUGGUAGCUCCCGAUACCCAUAUCAGUAUCCUCGGCCUGACCGUCUCGGCAAACAGUCUUGGAUGCUUGGUGGCCAACCCAACGUUCGGCUACUGGGGCCAGAAGACGAUGAAAGCCGCCCAACCCGUAGGGUUUGCCUUCGCGAUGGCGGCGAUUGGUAACCUACUCUACGGUAUCCUUCCCGUGCUCCCCAUCUCGUGGUUCGUACCCGCAAUGUUGCUGGCUCGUUUCCUGGCUGGGAUUGGGGCCGGAACCCUUGGAGUGUUGCGCUCAUUUACCGCCACCGCCAGCGCACCGAAAGAUCGGCUGAAGGCGAUCUCGAUCUCGAGCUUCGGGUUGACCACCGGGUUGUCGAUUGGGCCGGUUAUUACGCUGCUGUUCAUGCCGAUGGGCGUCGACGGGUGGGAGCUGUUCGGGCUCCCGUUCAACCAGUUCACUACCCCCGGCUAUUUUAUGUUCCUGCUCUGCAUCGCGUGUGUCGUCAUCUUGAUCACGAUCUUCCGCGAGAACCACGUUGGAAUCAUUUCAGACGAGGAAAAAGCCGAAAACCCGUGGUUCGUCCUACCGAAAUGGGACCGAAUCUCGGUGGCCAUCCUCUUCUUCGUGUGGGCCUGCAUGGCCGGCGUGGGCGCUUGCGUAUAUUCAAUCUCCUCCCCGCUGACGAUGGUGAUGUACGGGUGGUCGUCAAACGAGGCUGUUGCCUACAAUUCCCUGCUCCAAACCGGAAGUUGUGCCAUGUCGGCGGUUACCUACAUCAUGUUGGCAAAGACGCGAUACGGGAAACUCGAUCGCCGCUUCUUAAUCGGCAUGGGAUUGGGCACGUUCCUCAUCUACCUGUCGAUCAUCUACCCGUGGGGCUUCUACGAGGGCCCCCUCAAUUUCAUUGCCGCAAAUGAAACGACCGGUGGAUGCCCGCAGCACUAUCAGUGGUGCGCUGACUACACGAGAGUCCCAUUUUUACUAUAUUCCACUGGGUUCAUUUUGGCACUCGGGAUCGGAUUUCCGACAAUAGUGGGACCGCUGAAUGCCUUGUUUUCUGAGGUGGUCGGUCCGAGGAAGCAGAGCUUCCUCCAGGGCCUAAUGACAUUCACGGGCAGCCUAUGCCAAUUCAUCGCUCCCCUCAUCAUCAUGCCCGCAUUCGAAAUGUCGGGAUUCCGUUGGGUGGCCAUGGGGACGUUUAUCCUCAUUUUAUGCGCCAUUGCCCUGCUGACACUUUUCCGCCACCGUAUGGUCCCUCUAAAUAUGGACCCACCGCGUGGACUCGCCACAAAAUACAAGAGAGGCACCUUCUACAAAAUG